AUGACUCAACCGCCAGAACAACUCACCAUGGACGACCCGACAAAGGGCAACAAGUCCAAACUUCCCCGCGGAGAAUGUCGCCUUUCUUUGGCAGCAGGAUUCGGACUUGUCCUUCUUGCCGUGGGGGUGGUCGUGACCGCCGUUCUGGUCACCUCUCACUUGACAUCUUGUGCGAAUGGGGGCCCACUUUCGAAGAAAAUCGGUCCAGCGAAAGCGGUCAAGGUAGUAGACGUUCGACUUCCCACACAUUUGAAGCCACUGUAUUACAAAGUGGACUUGAUUCCGUACGUGGAGGAAGCCAAGAAUUUCACAAUUGAUGGAAAGGUGUGGAUUGAUAUUGACUGCCUCCAAGCCACCGACAAGGUCACCGUACACAUCAAAAACAUCACCGUGACCGAAACCAGCGUCAGGAUUUAUGAGAUCCACGAAGCACAAUUGUCCCCCUCUGUGACUUCCCUCAUUGCCGACAGUUUGGGGGGAUUUUACAAAUCCUCGUAUAAAGAUGUGGGCUCAAAUGCAACGAGAUAUUUGGGGACGACCUUCUUUGAACCGAUCGACGCGAGAAGAGCGUUUCCUUGCUUUGAUGAGCCACAAUUGAAGGCAAAAUUCGAAAUUAGUUUGGCAAGAAGGGUUAACAUGAGUUCCAUUUCAAAUAUGAAGAAGCUCAAUCGGACGGAACCAGUGCAAGGGAUGGAAGGCUGGCUCUGGGAUCAUUACGACAUUUCCGUGCCAAUGUCCACAUAUUUGGUCGCAUUUGUUGUGUCUGAUUUUGAAAAUCGGGUAGCAAACGGAUCCUUGAGUAGACCCGAAUUUCGUGUCUGGGCUCGAAAAGAGGCAAUUAAGCAGGCCGAAUAUGCGAGGGAUAUAGGGCCCAGAAUUCUAGCAUUUUACGAAGCAUAUUUCGAUAUUGAGUUUCCUCUGCAAAAACUGGAUAUGAUUGCAUUGCCAGAUUUCAACCAAGAGGCUAUGGAAAACUGGGGGCUAAUCACUUACCGAGAGUCAGCAAUGCUUUACGAUCCUAGAGUUACUUCAGAUCGUGCCAAAAUAAAUGUCGCAACUGUGAUCGCGCACGAAUUAGCCCAUUCGUGGUAUGGAAACCUGGUGACGAUGAAGUGGUGGAGUGACUUGUGGUUGAACGAGGGGUUUGGCCGUUAUGUCGAGUACAUUGGAGUAAAUCAUGUUCACCCAGACUGGAAAAUAAGUCAAAAGUUUGUAGCGGAUUUAGUACAGAGUGUAUUUUUAUUGGACGUGCUGGACUCGUCUCAUCCAAUUUACAUUCCUGUGGGACAUCCGGACGAAAUUUCAGAAAUAUUUGAUGAAAUUUCAUACUCAAAGGGUGCGUCUAUCAUUCGAAUGAUGAACCAUUUCCUCACAGAAGACACGCUUCGAACGGGCUUGACAAGCUACCUCAAAAAAUGGAAAUAUAACAACACGGUUCAAGACGAUUUAUGGGAGUCUCUGACUGAGGCAGCUCAUCGCCAAGCAAGUUUAGAUCCAGCAAUUACUGCUAAAGAGAUCAUGGACACGUGGACGUUACAAAAGGGUUUUCCUGUCGUCCACGUUGAACGGAAUUAUGACACGAAUGAGCCAACUGCAACCUUCACUCAGGUUCACUUUCAAAAUUCUUAUUAA